AUGAGCGCCCACCUCGCCCCGCCGCAGUAUGUGCUGUACCCGGGAGCGGCCAGGUACGGCGACUAUUACUGGUUCUCCGCAGGCAGCAUGGACAGCGUGCCCACCGAGGAGGCUCCGGGGCUGGACGCGCUCCCGCUGCCCGCGGCCAAGACGCCCAGUCCCUCAGUUGACUCUCCAGCUUCCUCCAGCUCCGGGACGCUCACGCAGUACCACACCCCCGACUCCGCCACCAGCCCCACGGCAGCGGGGAGCCCCUCUCCCCACUCCUCCCUGCAGAAGGCCAAGGCGCAAGGCAAAGGUGCGGUGAAGUCGGGCAAGAGCCGCACAGCCUUCUCGCAGGAGCAGCUGAAAGCCCUGCACCAGCGCUUCCAGAGCCAGAAGUACCUCAGCCCCCAGCAGAUCCGGGAGCUGGCCGCUGCCCUUCAGCUCACCUACAAGCAGGUGAAAACAUGGUUUCAGAAUCAACGGAUGAAAUUUAAGCGUUGCCAAAAGGAGAGCCAGUGGAUGGAUAAAGGGGUGUAUUUACCACAGAAUGGGGUUCAUCAGGCUGCAUACCUGGAUAUCCCCCCCGCGUUCCACCAGGUCUUCCCUGCCGGUUCCAGCAGGAACUUCCAGGCCGCGUCCAACGGGCACCAGGCUUACAGCAGCGGACAGACGUACGGAAAUGGGCAGAACCUGUACUCGUUCCCCUCUGUGGAGGAUGAGGGGCUCUUUGGAAAAGGUGGGACGAGCUGCAAUACCCAGCAAACCAUGGGUUUAUUAAGCCACCAAAUGAACUUCUAUCACAGCUACUUUGACAAUAUAGAUUAUGUCAGCGUGGAGGUUGAAGACACCUUCAACUUCCAGAGCUCCUCUGACACUGUCGCACCAUUUUCGAGCUCUCCUAUACAGAAUCAAUGCCAGUUACCUUGGCAUCCCAUGGGGACCCAGAGUGGGUAUGAGUCUCAGGUUUGAGUAUUUUUUUCUCCCACCUCUUGUGUUCACCCAUGGGAUUUCCAGGGUUUUGAAGUCAUGUUCGAUUUGUUGUUCUUGCCCCUCCACUAGUGGUGUUUUUUCUAAUGGGGGGGCUCAGCACCCUGCUGCCUGGAGCUAGUUUCCUAUUUAAGUGUGCCUGUCUGUUCACAGCUAACCCUUGGCAAAGAUGCUUUGGGUAUU